AUGGUCCUCGUCCUCUUCGAGACGGCUGUGGGCCUUGCCCUCUUCCGCCUCUCCGACUCAGCCAAGGUCACUUCGCCCGACCUGGCAAACGAUCUCGCCGACCCGACAAAGGCGUCGAACCUCCUCAAGCUCUCUGCCAUUUCGCGCUUCACAUCGACGGCAGAGGCAGUCGACGAGGCCACGUCCAUCGCAGAGGGCAAGAUGACAAAGUCGCUCAAGAAGCUCCUCACCGACGAGAUUGUCGACCAAGAGGGCAGCAAGAAGGGAAAGGGCAAGAACGAGCAGCUCGUCGUCGUCGACCCCAAGCUCGGAGGCGCCAUCUCAAAGAAGCUCGGCAUCAACGUCAUUUCGGACUCGUCGGUUAAUGACCUCUACAGAGGCAUUCGUACUCACCUCGCUCAGCUGCUUUCGUCCACUGCCAGCGACGACUCGAGCCUCGACCCUCGCGACCUCAACACCAUGUCUCUCGGUCUCUCUCACUCCCUCUCGCGCUACAAGCUUAAGUUUAGCCCGGACAAGGUCGACACCAUGGUGGUACAGGCUAUUGGCCUGCUCGACGAUCUCGACAAGGAGAUCAACAUAUACGCAAUGAGGGUCAAGGAAUGGUACGGCUGGCACUUCCCCGAGAUGGGCAAGAUCAUCACCGACAACCUCGCGUACGCCAAGGUCAUUCGAGCCGUAGGCUUCCGCACCAACAUGGCCUCGUCCGACCUCUCUGAGAUCCUCCCCGAAGAGAUCGAGGAGACGAUCAAGGCCGCUGCAGAGAUCUCCAUGGGAACUGAAAUCUCAGAGACGGACAUUGAGCACAUCUUCAGCUUGUGCGAUCAGGUCAUCAGCAUUACCGCCUACCGUGCGCAGCUGUUCGCCUACCUCCAGAACAGAAUGGCGGCCAUCGCUCCCAAUCUCACCGCCCUCGUCGGCGAGCUGGUCGGCGCCCGCCUCAUCUCGCACGCCGGUUCGCUCCUCUCCCUCGCCAAGCAGCCCGCCUCUACGGUCCAGAUCUUGGGAGCAGAAAAGGCCCUCUUCCGUGCCCUCAAGACGAAGCAUGACACGCCCAAGUACGGUCUCAUUUUCCACUCCUCCCUCGUCGGCCAAGCCCCGCAGAAGCUCAAGGGCAAGAUGGCGCGCAUGGUCGCCACAAAGGCCGCCCUUUCCAUCCGUCUCGACGCCCUCGCGGACGCAGACUCGAAGAGCGACGCGGCCGCCCCCUCUAUUGGUCUGGAUGCCCGUGCCAAGCUGGAGAGCAGGCUGCGUGGACUCGAGCACAGGAGCGACAUCGGUGGGCUGAGGGCGGCAAAGAAUGGCGCGCCGUCGAGCUACCAGCAGAAGAAGUUCGACAUGGCUGACGCCGGGGCUGGAGCGGGCAGAUCAUACAAUGCGGCUGCGGAUGCGCCCGUUGUGGCUGCGCCGGCGAUGGAUGUGGACGAGUCGACUGCUUCGGCCAAGCUGAGCAAGGAGGAGCGCAAAGCCGCCAAGAAGGCGGCAAAGGCGGCGGCAGCAGCAGCAGCAGACCAGUCAACAGCGUCAGCGACGGUGAACGGCGACGAGGACGGCUUGAGCAAGGAAGAGCGCAAGAGACUAAAGAAGGAAAAGAAGGCAGCAAAGGAGGCAGCGGUGGCGACGAAUGGCAAGAAGCGACCGGCAGAGGAUGGUGAGGACGCGGAUGCUACUGCGGUUAGCGUGGCGACGAAUGGGGAGACGAAGAAGAGCAAGAAGAGCAAGAAGAGCAAGGACUAG